UUCAGGCUGCAUAAGUUUUUACAACACAUUCGUCAAGUUUCUUCCUGUUCCACACGACUUGCUCCCAACUCUCAACAGACCAGCUUCGGAGUUUCUUACGACAUUAAUUCUCCGCUCCAGCCCUGCUGGAUUGAGCGAGAGAAAAUGGCGGGGUCGUGGGCCGUCCUGGGCCGUGCUGUGGUGACGUUUCUGUUGUUUCUUCCUGUAUCCGUGAACUUGGAAGGACUCCUGGUUAGAAGAGAGAUCGACACGACUCACUACCAUGACUUUGUCGACAUGUCAGCACAGCUGCAAGACUAUGCUAACAGGUAUCCCCACAUCACACGGCUGUUCAGCAUAGGUCAAAGUGUGCAGGGUCGUGACCUCUGGGUCAUGCAGGUCACAGACAGACCUGACCAGACAGAACCGGGCGAGCCCCAGGUCAAGCUGGUCGGUAACAUGCACGGCAACGAGGCUAUCAGCAGAGAAGUCCUCAUCUUCCUCAUCCAGUAUCUGUGUGAGAAGUAUGGGCAGGAUGACCAGGUGACUCAACUUGUGGACACGACUAACAUCUUCAUCAUGCCCAGUAUGAACCCAGACGGCUUCGAGAGGGCGAAAGAGGGGCAAUGUGGCGGGACGCUCGGACGAGAGAACGCGAACGGCGUCGACUUGAAUCGAAACUUCCCCGACCAGUUCAGCUCUAAGAGUUACCUGGAUUCAAACUUCGAGCCGGAAACCGUGCAUAUGAUGAAGUGGGUGAUGGAAAAUAAGUUUGUUCUUUCGGGGAACUUUCAUGGCGGCGACCUGGUGGCGAGUUACCCGUUUGACGAUUCGGCGCGACACGGAGACGGGAUCUACAGCAAGGCACCGGAUGACGACGUCUUCAAACACCUGGCACACGUGUACGCCAACAGUCACCUGACCAUGCAUAACAACAGGGGCUGUGACAUGUGGGAACACUUUCAGGACGGUAUCACUAACGGGGCAAAGUGGUACGACGUACCAGGUGGUAUGCAGGAUUUUAACUACUUGUACAGCAACUGUUUUGAGAUCACCCUGGAGCUGUCCUGUUGUAAGUACCCUACAGCUGACCACCUGGAACAGGAGUGGGACAACAACAGGCCAGCUCUCCUCGCAUAUCUCGCAGAGGCACACAAGGGAGUGAAGGGUUUUGUGACGAGUUCAGACACAAACCAGGGGAUAGAGAAUGCCACCAUCACAGUGGUGGGUAUAGACCACAAUGUUACCACAGCCAGUCAUGGGGACUUCUGGAGACUGCUGGUACCUGGGACUUACACCAUCAUUGCCAGUGCACAGGGGUACACCAGUGAAACCUUCACAGAUGUGACAGUAGAGGCUGACCAGGCUACAGAACUCAACUUUACCCUACAUGCCGUGGGAGUUCAGCAGACCCCACCUGUCACCACACUCAGCUCCAUACAACAGCCUGAGGAUACUCCACAGAUCAAACACCAUAACUACCAGCAAAUGAAAGAGUUUAUGACCAAGUUUGCCAAGACCUACCCAGACAUCACCCGCAUGUACAGUAUAGGACAGUCAGUGGAGGGAAGAGAUCUACUGGUGAUGGAGAUAUCAGACCAGCCGGGGGUACAUGAACCAGGAGAAGCAGAGUUUAAGUACAUUGGGAACAUGCACGGUAACGAGGUUGUUGGGCGGGAGGUGCUGCUGCUGCUCAUCCAGCUGCUGUGUGAGAAUUAUGGGAAGGACGCUGACCUGACAGCACUGGUGGACAGCACCAGGAUCCACAUCCUGCCCUCCAUGAACCCUGAUGGGUACGAGAUAGCUCAGGAAGGUGAUGUUCGGGGUCUCACUGGACGGACCAACGCCAACGGAGUGGACCUGAACCGGAACUUCCCUGACCAGUACUUCGGUGUGGAGAACUCCCAGCCUGAGACCACGGCUGUCAUGGAGUGGGCAAAAAGAGUCCACUUCGUUCUGUCUGCCAGCCUGCAUGGGGGAAACCUGGUCGCUGACUAUCCGUUUGACGACUCACCAAAGGGCCAUGCGGUGUACAGUAAAUGUCCUGAUGAUGCCAUCUUCCAGCAGCUAGCUAAGUCAUACUCCAUGGCACAUCCCACCAUGCACAAUGGCCACCCCUGUGAUGACAUCAAACCAGACGAGUACUUUCAGGACGGCAUCACUAACGGUGCAGCCUGGUACAACGUGCCUGGUGUUAUGCAGGACUGGGUCUACCUGAACACUGAUGACUUUGAAGUUGCCAUUGAACUUGGCUGUGUGAAGUUUCCGUAUGGCAGUGACCUUCCCGAGUACUGGCAAGCAAAUAAAGAGGCUCUGGUGGAGUUCAUCAAACAAGUCCACAAGGGUGUGAAAGGGUUUGUCCUGACCACUGAUGGCAGUGGGAUCUCCGGUGCCUCCAUCACGGUCCAUGGAAUCAACCACACUGUGACAUCAGCAGCUGGGGGAGACUACUGGAGAUUGCUGGUCCCUGGAACAUACCAAAUCACAGCAACAGCAGAGGGAUAUCCAAGUGUCACACAAGAAGUGACUGUAGGGGAAGGGGAUGCCACACAGCUCAACUUCACACUGCAGACAUGGAGUGAAGAAAAUGACUACAGUCUCCCAAAUGAACCAAGCUACAGCACAAACAACGAUCUUGUUAAAAUUGUCAAGAAAUAUUCAAAAGAGCAUCGCGGUAUCAUAAAGAUAGAAGAAAUGUCAAACAAAAAUGUUGUUGAUGUCGAGAUAUUUGGCCAAUUGGCCAGGAGAAAAAGAGAUGGUGAUGACAUCACCAGGGUUCAACCACAUGUGGCUCUGAUUGGUGGACUGAAUGGGGAUGAGCCAAUAGGAAGAGAGAUCCUCACAAGGCUCAUUAGGCAUCUGGUGGAAGGUUAUGACAGAGAUGAGAGGAUAAGGGAGUUAGUAGACAACACCCACAUCCAUGUGAUGCCAGCAGUGGACCUGUCAUUCUUCAGCCAGGCGGUAGAGGGCGACUGUACAGGGGAACAGUACACAGGGACAAGGCUUCAUGACCGCUUUACACUGGACUCACAGGCAGAGGUCCCCCAGGUAGCCACAGUAAAAGACUGGUUUGAGAAGCACAAGUUUGACCUGGCCCUGAGUCUGGAGGCAGGCGGGCUGGUGAUGAGGUUUCCCCUGGACUACCCACGGGAAGGUCUGUCCAUAGCUGACGGUGCCACCACACAGGACAACCUCAUGUUUCAAGAGAUAGCGAGAGAGUAUGCUGAAAACAACCCUGCAAUGCAGGAAGGCUCAUCUUGCAACAAUAAAACAUUUCACGAAGGCAUCAGUGUUGGGGCUUCUUUCAAGGAGACACAGAACACCUUGCUGGACUAUGCCUACAUCAAGGAGCAUGUUUCCAUGCUUGCUGCCCAUGUGUCUUGCUGCAAGUACCCAGCGAGGGAAGAUGUCCCUAAGAUCUGGAGAGAAAACUUAGAACCACUUCUGGGAUUCUUGAGCCAAGCUCGACAAGGUGUCCAUGCCAUGGUGCAAGACCAGGAAGGCAGCCCUGUACCAGGUGCCAUGUUGUUUAUAGAGGGAGACCCACGGAACAUUUCUGUAAACACAGAGAAAGGAACCUUCAAGAUGCUGCCGUUAGGACAACACAGGCUUCGAGUGGAGGCAGAGGGUUUUUCCAGUGAGACUAAGCAGGUACAUGUGGAGGAUGGACAGACCAGGCAGCUAGAGUUUGUCCUGGUCAGGGAAGAGACACUGACUUACCACGGAUAUGAAGACAUGCAGCAGAUGCUGACUGAUGUAACAAAACAGUUCCCAAACAUAACCAAGUUGUACAGUAUUGGUGAGACGGUCAGCUUACGUCGGCUCUGGGUUCUAGAGAUCAGUAAAACACCUGGAACUCACCAGCCAGGUCAGCCGGAGGUCAAGUUUGUGGGGAACGUACACGGGAACGAGGUCAUAGGUCGGGAACUGCUGCUAGCCUUCAUCAACCACCUGUGCAGUAACUAUGGUUACGAUGAUGACAUCACAAAGCUGAUAGAUACUACAAGGAUCCACAUUCUUCCCAGCCUGAACCCAGAUGGUGCAAGCUGCAGUACCGAGGGGACCUGUGAGGGGGACAAAUGCCGGGGCAACUCCAACAAAGUAGACCUGAACACAGACUUCCCAUCUGGCAGUAGAAACCUGAGUGCUGGUGUCCUGCAGCCAGAGAGUCUGGCUGUUAUUGCCUGGAUGGAAGACCACCCGUUUGUCCUGUCUGUGUCCCUGUUUGCAGGGCAGCUUGUGGCCACCUAUCCUUACGACUACCAAACAGGAUCUGCGGAGGCCAGUCUCACCCCAGAUGACGACAUCUUCAGAACUCUGGCAGCUGCCUACGCAGACAGUCAUCCCACAAUGCAUCUGAGUUCCAGUACACCUUGUCCAGAAUCUGACACAGUGUUUCCAGAGGGCAUAACUAAUGGGGCAAGAAUGGAUUCCCAUGGAGGCAGUAUGCAAGACUACAACUAUAACUACCACAGCUGUAUGGAGAUUGCUGUGUGGGUGAGCUGCUGUAAACAUCCCUUCUCUAGUGAGCUGGACCAGCUGUGGAGAGACAACAGCAAAUCACUCCUCAACAUGCUCAAACAGGUCCACACUGGUGUGAAAGGGUUUGUUCGUACCACAGACGGGACGGCCGUCCCCGGGGCGUCCAUACGUGUGGACGGGAGGGGCUCGGUGGUUGCCACGGCAGCAGACGGAGACUACUGGCGGCUGCUGGCACCAGGAGAGUAUGUCAUCAGGGCAGACAUGGAGGGAUAUCAACAGGGUACCAGGAAGGUGAUAGUUACAUCAGGAGCUGCUAAGGAGGUUCAUUUCAUCCUCAGUAAGAAGUACCACAUCUUUGGUAUGUCUCCUACCAUCAUCAUCAUCGCAGCAGCUGUAAGUAUGAUGGCCAUUGUGUGCACAGCUGUUGUCAUCUGCAGGCUGUGCCGGACACCUGCGUACAGCUACAGCAAGCUGGGGACGUCAGAGUACGGGGACACCAUUCUCAUGAACAAACUCAAGACAGACGCUUCCCAAAAAUCUCUUCUGCAAGACCACGAGUACCACGAUGACUUAAGUGGUAGUGAAGAUGAUACAAUUUAUUGGAAAAGGUAGUAUUAAGUUUUAUAAGUUUCAGAAAUGUGUGAAUUGUCAAGUGAAAAUUUCACGGGUGACAUGCAUAUCAGAGCUGCAAUGAGGAUUGUGCUAUUAUAUUGUUUAAUCAGGUAACAAAUACAUGUAUUUGGGAUUUUGGAAGUAAUGUGCCCCUUGUUCUUUUUGUAGUAUAGGAUGGAUACAGAUGUUAUAUAUGGGAGCAUACUCAGGAGAGAAUAGUUUAAUAAAUGCAAUUUUAUUCAGCAUAGUUUUUAUUGGAAAAGGUCUUCCCAACAGAAGUCAACAAAUUCAACACAAAGUGUUUGGAAAUCUAAACUUGAUCAAUGAAUCAUAAUAUGAUCUUGUGCCCAUGCUGAAAAUGAUCUCUUGCCCAGUGUUCCGUGAAUUGAUUGGCCCCUAUCUGGUGUUUAUGGGCUUUAAACAACACUGGUAAAGUUAUAACAUCAUAGCCAGACUGAGUAUUAAAUGGGGACUUCUGAUUGGUCAACAUCUUGUUGACUAAUACAUCAUUAACAUAUAUGUUAAUGAUAUUGAUAAAGUAAUAACAGGUUGAUAAAAAAGAAUUCCUGACUUAUUGUGUUGAAUGUAGAUCUCCAUUCUUCUUCAAAAUGAUUGACCCAGCACGUCGGCAGAACGUACACAUGUACACAUGUACUGCACCUGCGCGAAACCCGUAAUGUAUUGUGCUUAGCACUUUGGCAGAACGUCUCAUAUAAGGUUGUAUUUGUGCAUAUAAGGUUAACAAACUGUCUAUAGUUUCCAAAUGUUAUGUCAGAAAAGAUAUCCUCUGCAACAGGCAAAAUUCUGAUGCAACGUUAACCAAACAGCUAACAAAAACCGCUAAAAAUCAGGGUUCUGCGCAGGCGCAGUACGUUCUGCCGACGUGCUACUGACCCGAUUGUUCAGGUCAUGUGACCUUGAAGUGUGACAGCAAUGGUACGGUCCAAAGGGUGGUUCAGUUAAGAAAAAAACUUGUGCCCAAAUGUGUGCUGGCCUCCUACAUGUACAUGUAUCACUUUCUGAAGUCUGAACCAUUUUUUGUCAAUUACUGUAAAUCACUUUGUUUGCAGUAGAAUAUGCAAAUUUUGACAGACAUGCAGACACUCUUUAUUAUAC